GAGGCGAGGGGCGGCGCGGGGUCGCCAUGGCGAGCAACGCCGCCAGCCUCAACGCGGUGCGGGAGACGAUGGACGUUCUGUUUGAGAUUUCAAGAAUAUUAAACACUGGCUUGGAUAUGGAGACAUUGUCUAUUUGUGUGCGGCUUUGUGAACAGGGGAUAAAUCCAGAAGCAUUAUCAUCUGUCAUUAAAGAACUGCGUAAGGCUACAGAAGCUCUGAAGGCUGCUGAAAAUAUGACAGGCUGAUAUGGAAGAAGAUUUUUGUGUGAAAAGAAUGCCCAGUUAAAGUGAACGGAAGAUUGCCACUAUUCUGAAAAAAAGUGUGUGUGCAAAGCUUUCAGAGUAUUUCUGUAAGCUUUUGUAAAGGAUGAUGUAUAGGAUAGUUUUGAAAAGUUUUUUAAUAACAUGAAUUCACCAAUAAUCUCAUUACUUGAUAUUUUUGUGAACUAUUUGUGAAUACAGUGCAAUUGCUCUUCUUCGGCUUCCAGUAUUUUCUUAAACCAUGUCUGGUACUGCACACUUGCUGAACUUACUAGUGUGUGGCAAUGAAUAUUGUUAUGAUGAGUAUCACUUGUUAAUGCAUCCUUUUGAAGUGCUAAUAUAUUCUGGGUUUUAUCUCUUGCUUUGAUGAAAAAAACUACAUGUACAAUUUUAGUUUUCCUUUAUGGACCAGAUAGGAAUGAAGCCCAUCCUGAUUUUAAUUAGAUUAAGGGUAGUGAUUUAAGUCUUAAUCUGAAAGUAAGGAAUAAAACAUUUUUGAUAAUGUAGGUAAUGAAUUGUGUGUUUGAUUCAGGAAAAAGUGGGAGUUUUUAACUUGGAUAACAAAGGAACUUCAGUUAUCCAUGCAGAAAUGUAUAUAAAUUUAAAUUCUAGUUUACAUGGACUAUUUUACAGAGUUCAGAUGCUACAUUUGUUACAUUUGUUUUGACUACUAGACCUAAAAAUAUUAAGGCUGUAUUGUUACUGCCUAGUGAAAGCAUACAGGAGAAGCAUCAGAUGUGGUUGAUGGGAAUCAGUGAGUCUUGAACAGUCAUUUGGUAUAGGAAUGUCUUCUCAUUCAGCACUAGGAAUCUUCACUGAUGCCAAAACAAGUGUUUGUAGUAUAUACAGUAAACUGCUUAUGUUAGUAUAAAUAUGCUUGCAUCCAAGAAUUCUACUUCAUUAAAAAAUGGUUCCUUGUGUGUUUUUCAGCUGCUGCUGUUAAGCUUUCUUUUUUUUUUUUUUUUUGUUAGUAUGGUUUCAAGGUGUAGUAUUAAUGGGACCUAAAGUAACCUCAGAGGUUAAUAGGGUGGAGUACAUCUGGAAAUGAGCCUGGAAUCCUAGUUAAGCCAAACAUUAUAUUUGUGCAGAGAAGAAAAGUUUUUUUCUACUUUUAAGAGUUUAUACCAUAUGUAUUCUAGGUCAUAGCUCUACAAAAAGUGAUCAGGGAGACUAAAUACAUUAUAUUGCUGGCAGAGAAAAUAGAAAAAUAUUUAUAUUACAUCAGACUGUUAUUUUCAGUUAGCCUGGCCAGAAGAAAAAUCAUUCCAGGAGGAUGCUGUGAAAACUUCUGGAUAACCAAACUGGAAGACUUUUAAGUGGUAUCAUUUUGCUCGCUCAGGAACACUUAAAAUCCUUUGUAAAUUGGUGUUGUAACUUGAGAUUUAUAACUUUUCAAUACUGGAUGUCAUGUUUUUUUGAAAACAUUGCUGAUAUCCUUUCAUACUAGGGAUACCUUAAUGAAGUUUGUCAUAGGAAAUCUGAAAAGUCAGUGAAAUACUAUGAAAAUACCAGGUCAGAUCAACACAAAUUAGCAGUUAGCUCUUAAAUGCUUAAAACCAGCUGGCAAACUCAAUAUAAGAACAAUUUAUGUGUAAUUCUUGAUCUGUUCAGUAAGUUGCACCUACCAUUUUACUAUCAAUAAACUUACCGGUUUUAUGCAUUUAGGCUUUUGCUGGUAGACCAUUUGUUAUGCAGAAUUAUAGAAGCAGGGCAUGUUUUUGACAUUCAAAACCCUGAUUUCAUGUAUAUAAAACUGAAAAUGCAUAACUUUCGUUAUUAUAGGGAACUAAAUGGUAGCAUUGAUUAUACUUACUAGUUCAUAUUUACAAAAUUAAAUGCAAACCUUAAGGUUGAAUAUGUAACAUUUGGGCUGAAAGCAGAGAGGACAUGUUUCUUGAAACUGGCAGAUCUGUGGUUACCUAGAAAGUCUCCAUACUUUUUGUCAGUGUACUUGGCAAUGUUUCUUUCAAAGUACUGCAUGGAACAAAUGUGCUUAGGAAUUGGUAUAACAGCUCCGAUUGAUUUGGGGUACCAUCCAGAACAAUAGAAGAAAUAUUUUUCUUCCUCCUGAUAAGAAAAAAAAAAUCCCUCUAGCAAGAAGUUUCAUACUGAAAACAUUUGUGCUGUAAAAUAAGUCUAUCACUUUAUUAGCAUCUCCACUAUGUGAACGUGAAUGCUCAGGCUUAACACUGAUGGCUGAGAAGCCUUGGCUGCAUUUGUCACAUAAACCACCACUAACUCCUUUUAACUCAGAAGCCAAGCAAACAGCAUGUGCUGUUCCACUGGGCUCCUUAACUUGCAUGUUCUUGGAACUCAUGAAAAGAUAAACAUAGGAAUAGCUGUACAGGUCCUGACCAAAGGUUUUUCUAACAUAAUAGCAUCUUUUGUAGUCAAAAGCAGAUGCCUGAGGAAGGAAAAGAACAAUGUAAGCACAUUUGGUUCUUUUCCUUCUGUGUUCUAGCUUCCAAGUGUCUUCUAUUCCAGGCUUUCCUGAACAUCAUAUGGUUUGUCUAUUUAGUAAUCACUAAUGCUUCUUUUUCCAGUACUUGUCCAGUUUCCCUUGGACUAUAUAUGCUUCCUGAAUAACAGUAGUUUUUAUCAAUUGAUAUCUGUUGCAUAAAGAAUUGCCAGUUCUUGUGUAUUUUGAACCGUGUUUUUAAUAAUUUAAUGUUCCCUGCACAGUAAACUUUUACCCUACCAUGUUUGUGCCAGUAGUGGUUCUCCAGAUACAUAACAUUUACCUUUAUAUAUCCUUUUCUGAACUGAAAUGCAUUAACAUAUUCCUUGGCUGACCAAA